GUAAUCCAAAAGGGAGGGGGAAAGAUCGAAGGAGAGCAGUUAAACAAGCAGAAAAGAUUCCAGAAAUCAAGAACACGUUCCCACUCGGGCACCGGCGCCGUCCGUCCGUCCCUCCGUCCAGCCGAUAGAUAGGCCCCGUCAUCGGCACACACAUUAUAAGCCCAGCGCCAUCCACGCCUCCCCUCCUCUCCCACCCGUCCCUCCCUCCCUCCAUUGCCCCUCCAGGAAGCCAACCACCAGUUGGAGUUGGUUCACACUGUCCGAGCUGUCAGCCCAUCGAGGCGGAGAGAACAGAGCCACCAUGCCCUCCGGCGGCCUCCUCCUCGCCCUGCUCGUCGCGGCCGCCUUCGCCGCCGUCGCCAAUGCCGCCGUGUCCUACGACCACAGGGCCGUGGUGAUCAACGGGCAGCGCCGCAUCCUCAUGUCCGGCUCCAUCCACUACCCGCGCAGCACCCCGGAGAUGUGGCCGGACCUCAUCCAGAAGGCCAAGGACGGCGGCCUGGACGUGAUACAGACGUACGUCUUCUGGAACGGCCACGAGCCGGCGCGCGGGCAGUACCACUUCGCCGACCGCUACGACCUCGUCCGCUUCGUCAAGCUCGCCAAGCAGGCCGGCCUCUACGUCCACCUCCGCAUCGGCCCCUACGUCUGCGCCGAGUGGAACUUCGGUGGAUUCCCUGUUUGGCUCAAGUACGUGCCCGGCAUCAGCUUCCGGACGGACAACGGUCCCUUCAAGGCGGAGAUGCAGAGGUUCGUGGAGAAGAUCGUGUCGAUGAUGAAGUCGGAGGGCCUCUUCGAGUGGCAGGGCGGGCCCAUCAUCCUCGCCCAGGUGGAGAACGAGUACGGGCCCAUGGAGUCGGCCAUGGGCGCCGGCGCCAAGCCCUACGCCAACUGGGCCGCCAAGAUGGCCGUCGCCACCGACGCCGGCGUGCCCUGGGUCAUGUGCAAGCAGGACGACGCCCCUGACCCCGUGAUAAACUCCUGCAAUGGCUUCUACUGCGACUACUUCAGCCCCAACUCCAACAGCAAGCCUACCAUGUGGACCGAGGCCUGGACUGGAUGGUUCACGGCGUUCGGCGGCGCGGUGCCGCACCGGCCGGUGGAGGACAUGGCGUUCGCCGUGGCCAGGUUCGUUCAGAAGGGCGGCUCCUUCGUCAACUACUACAUGUACCAUGGAGGCACAAACUUCGACCGGACCGCCGGCGGCCCGUUCAUCGCGACGAGCUACGACUACGACGCGCCGAUCGACGAAUACGGUCUGAUCAGGCAGCCGAAAUGGGGUCACCUGAGGGACCUGCACAAGGCCAUCAAGCAGGCCGAGCCGGCGCUCGUCUCCGGCGAUCCCACCGUCCAGCGCAUCGGCAACUACGAGAAGGCGUACGUGUUCAAGUCGAGCACCGGAGCCUGCGCCGCGUUCCUGUCCAACUACCACACGAGCGCCGCCGCGAGGGUCGUGUACAACGGCCGGCGGUACGACCUCCCGGCCUGGUCCAUCAGCAUCCUGCCGGACUGCAAGACCGCCGUCUUCAACACCGCCACGGUGAAGGAGCCGUCGUUGCCGGCGAAGAUGAACCCGGCGGGGGGCUUGGCGUGGCAGUCGUACAGCGAGGACACCAACGCGCUGGACUCGAGCGCCUUCACCAAGGACGGCCUGGUGGAGCAGCUGAGCAUGACCUGGGACAAGUCCGACUACCUGUGGUACACCACCUACGUCAACAUCGACUCGAGCGAGCAGUUCCUCAAGUCCGGCCAGUGGCCGCAGCUCACCAUCAACUCCGCCGGCCACACGGUGCAGGUGUUCGUCAACGGCCAGUCCUUCGGCGUUGCCUAUGGCGGCUACAACAGCCCGAAGCUGACGUACAGCAAGCCCGUGAAGAUGUGGCAGGGCAGCAACAAGAUCUCCAUCCUCAGCUCCGCAAUGGGCCUCCCUGUAAGUUUUGAUCUCAGAUUCAGGCUGCCAUGGCCAUGGCACCUGCACUGUCUCGGUCCUCAGGCCAUUUCUGACAUGGUAACUCUCUGGCAGAACCAAGGGACACAUUACGAGGCCUGGAACGUGGGCGUCCUCGGCCCGGUGACGCUGUCCGGGCUCAACCAGGGGAAGAGGGACCUCAGCAAUCAGAAGUGGACGUACCAGAUCGGCCUCAAAGGCGAGUCGCUCGGCGUCAACUCCAUCAGCGGCAGCUCCUCCGUCGAGUGGAGCAGCGCCACCGGCGCGCAGCCGCUCACAUGGCACAAGGCCUACUUCGCGGCGCCGGCGGGCAGCGCUCCGGUGGCGCUGGACAUGGGCAGCAUGGGGAAGGGACAGAUCUGGGUGAACGGGAACAACGCCGGCCGGUACUGGUCGUACAGGGCCUCCGGCAGCUGCGGCGCCUGCAGCUACGCCGGCACCUUCAGCGAGGCCAAGUGCCAGACCAACUGCGGCGACAUCUCGCAGCGGUGGUACCACGUGCCGCGGUCGUGGCUCAAGCCCAGCGGCAACCUGCUCGUCGUGCUCGAGGAGUUCGGCGGCGACCUGUCGGGCGUCACGCUCAUGACGAGGACGACAUGAGGAGCGGGAAGACGUACGGGAGGAGGAAGAUGGCAUGCAGAAAUUGUGAAUAAUCUGGAGGAAAACGGAUGGAUGGAUGGAGGAAGAGGGCACACGAAUACAUGUCAGUACAUACGGCCUAGAUACGGAUACGGUUGGUAUACGUACAGUCGUACAAAGACUAGUAGGCGUAGUAUUUAUUCAUGGAGAGCUAAUUAAAGAGUGUUGGCCGGCGAGGGUCGCCGGAACAGUAGCUCAGGCGCGGCGGCCGGCCGUCCUGCCGGCACACCAUCGUUGGUUCUCGAUCACAAAUGUACUUCGAGCCGUUGGUAGGUGGGUGGAUCUGCUCUCAGGCCUGCGCACGCAAGUGCUUUCUGAAGUAAACUGAAUCCCUCUUGGUCCUGGGGGAAUUAUUUUCUGAAAAUCGUCCAUUCCUUCUGAACAUGUUCUUCAGAAGUUAUAUGGCAAAUCCCCAGUGGUUCAUUGAUUC